ACGAAAGGUCACAACUUACAACCACAAAAGCAAAAAUUAAAAAGUGCAUUUGGGUGUCGCCCGGACUUGAACCGGAGACCUUCAUUGUGUGAAGACUGAUGUGAUAACAAGCUACACCACGACACCAAUGAUUGAGGACCAGAAGCAACAACAAAAAUGGUAGCAGUGACGGUAAACUCACUAAAGCCAUUGGCAUGGACUCCAUUUCUUUCUUCUCUAAAUAGCUUCAACUGGCCUUGGUCUUUUGUAUCUAUUCCAAGAAAAACUUCAAGAUUAAGACCCUUAUCGUGUCAAAUGGCAGCUAGUGAGGGAGACACACAAAUAAUGACCAAAGUCAUUGACUCACAUUUACAUGUCUGGGCAUCCCCACAAGAGGCUGCUGAAAGGUACCCUUAUUUUCCUGGUCAAGAACCUAGUUUGCCUGGCCAUGUCGAUUUCCUGAUGGAGUGUAUGGAAGAAGCAGGCGUGGAUGGAGCAUUUAUUGUCCAGCCCAUUAAUCAUAAGUUUGAUCAUUCUUAUGUUACGAGUGCGCUAAAGAAGUUUCCUUCCAAAUUCGUCGGCUGUUGCCUCGCGAAUCCAGCAAAAGAUGGGAGUGGUAUAAAGCAGCUUGAAGAUCUGGUCUUAAAGGAUGGUUAUCGCGCUGUUCGCUUUAAUCCGUAUCUUUGGCCUUCUGGUGAAAAGAUGACAAAUGAAAUUGGGAAGACACUAUUCUCAAAGGCUGGAGAGCUUGGAGUACCAGUCGGUUUCAUGUGUAUGAAGGGUCUGCUUCUGCAUUUGCAAGAAAUUGAGAAGCUGUGCACAGAAUUUCCCUCAACUAUAGUUUUGCUUGAUCAUCUGGCUUUCUGUAAGCCUCCAAAAAAUGAUGAGGAAAGACGAGGUUUCUCAGAACUGUUAAAGCUUUCAAGAUUCCCACAGAUAUAUGUAAAAUUUAGUGCUUUGUUCAGAGUGUCAAGAAAUCCAUAUCCAUAUGAGGACUUAUCUCAAGUUCUUGCUGAGCUAGUCUCCAGUUAUGGUGCACACCGUGUCAUGUGGGGAAGUGACUUCCCCUUCAUUGUAGCCGAAUGUGGGUAUAAGGAAUCAAGAGAAGCAGUCUCUUAUCUGGCUAAGCAAGGACAUUUACCUUCUUCUGCCAUGGAGUGGAUCAUGGGUAAGACAAUUAUGCAGCUCUUUGACGGAAAAUGGAGUGAUAUUGCAAAUUGACCAUGAAACUUGACAGCUAGAAAUAACAGGUUAGAUGACUUUCAAACAUGUCAUUGAAACUUUAAUUGUACUUGAGCAUAGCAAAAGAGACAAGCUUUGAAACUUGGCAGCUAGAAAUAACAGGUUAGAUGACUUUCAAACAUGUCAUUGAACCCUUAAUUGUACUUGGGCAUACCAAAAGAGACAAGCUUUGUAAGCAUUAGUGCAAUAAACUAUGGAUCCACCGUCCUGUUUGGCUAAAUCAGCACGUGGAGGCGGAUCCAAAGCUUUACCUACGAAUUCGCAGAACCAGUAACCUAUACUCAAUACCUUGUAUAUGUAUUUGAAUAAUUCACUAUUUUUUUUUUUUUUAAAAUAUUUGAUUGUGGACCUA